UAGGCUAGGGAAGCGGUGGAAGCAGUGUCGCCGGAACCAUGGGCUCCUCGUCGCUGGCCUCUGGUGUCCGUGCUGGUGGCUGGAGCUCUAGGUGGCUCUGGAUGAGCUCCUGCAUCCUAUAUUCGCCUGUCCUGCCUGUUUCCUCUCUGUUUUGCUUAUUUCUGGCCGUUCCUGGCGCUCGGGCCGCGGACUACGAGACGUGUCCCACAGUGAAGCCAGGCAUGCUCAAUGUGCACCUGUUACCUCACACCCAUGAUGACGUAGGCUGGCUGAAGACAGUGGACCAGUACUAUUACGGCGUCAAGAAUGACAUUCAACAUGCGUCUGUUCAGUACAUCCUAGACUCGGUAAUCUCCGCUCUGCUGGCGGACCCCACCCGUCGCUUCAUCUAUGUGGAGAUGGCCUUCUUUUCUCGUUGGUGGAAGGAGCAGACCAGUGCAACACAGGACACCGUACAGGAGCUGGUGCGCCAGGGGCGCCUGGAGUUUGUCAAUGGUGGCUGGGUGAUGAAUGAUGAGGCAGCCACCCACUAUGGUGCUAUUGUGGACCAGAUGACACUUGGGCUACGCUUCCUGCAAGACACAUUCGGUAGCCAUGGGCGUCCCCGUGUGGCCUGGCAUAUUGACCCUUUCGGCCACUCUCGAGAACAGGCCUCGCUGUUUGCCCAGAUGGGUUUUGAUGGCUUCUUCCUUGGGCGCAUUGACUAUCAAGAUAAACUUGCUCGAGGGCAAAAGCUGAGGAUGGAGGAGGUGUGGAGGGCCAGUGCCAGCUUACAGCCCCCUGCUGCUGACCUCUUUACUGGUGUGCUCCCCAACAAUUACAACCCUCCUAAGGACCUAUGCUGGGAUGUGCUAUGUGCAGACCCUCCCGUAGUGGAGGAUCCAAAUAGUCCUGAGUUCAAUGCUGAUAACUUGGUCACUUACUUCCUGGAGCUGGCCUCUUCCCAGAAACACAAUUACCGAACCAACCACACUGUGAUGACCAUGGGGUCAGACUUCCAGUACGAGAAUGCCAACAUGUGGUUCAAAAACAUGGACAGCCUCAUCCGGCUGGUCAACAAGCAGCAGCAGGAAAAUGGGAGCCGGAUCCACGUUCUCUACUCCACCCCUUCGUGUUACCUCCAGGAGCUGCACAAGGCCAAUCUCACCUGGUCGGUGAAGGAGGACGACUUCUUUCCUUAUGCGGACGGCCCCCACAUGUUCUGGACUGGCUACUUUUCCAGCAGGCCUGCCCUCAAGCGCUAUGAGCGCCUCAGCUACAACUUCCUGCAGGUGUGCAACCAGCUGGAAGCACUGGCAGGUCCCCCAGCCAACGUGGGCCCCUAUGGCCCAGGAGACAGCGCACCCCUUAAAGAGGCAAUGGCGGUGCUCCAGCACCACGACGCUGUCACUGGCACUUCACGGCAGAAGGUUGCAGAUGAUUAUGCACGUCAGCUGGCAGCAGCCUGGGGCCCCUGUGAGGUUCUGGUGAGCAACGCUCUGGCGCAUCUCAGCGAUUACAAACAGGACUUCUCAUUCUGCCGUGAGCUCAACGUCAGCAUCUGCCCAGUCAGCCAGAACUCAGAGCACUUCCUCGUAACUGUUUACAACCCCUUGGGGCGGAAGGUGCAUCAGAUGGUUCGGCUGCCUGUCCGUGAAGGCCUCUUCACUGUGAAGAACCCUAAUGGCAAGACUGUGCCCAGCAAUGUGCUGAUGCUUCCCAGCUCUUAUAGUGAGAAGUACCAGUGGGAGCUGCUGUUUUCAGCCUCAGUGCCUGCCCUGGGCUUCAGCAUCUACUCUGUGACCAAAAUUACUGGCCAUAAGUUUUACCAGGAGCGCAGCCUGCAGGCCAGGCCCAGGAAAGCCAGGUCCCAUGCCUUAUCCAUUGAAAAUGAGUACAUACGGGCCACAUUUGACUCUGGCACAGGGUUAUUAAAGAAUAUUGAAAACAUGGAAGAGAAGCUCUCGCUCCCUGUGAGGCAAGGCUUCUUUUGGUACAAUGCCAGCACUGGUGAUGAGCAGAGUUCUCAGGCCUCUGGUGCCUACAUAUUUAGACCCUGGCAGCUUAAACCACUGCCAGUAAGCCGUUGGGCCGAGAUCCGUCUGGUGAAGACAGCCUUGGUGCAAGAGGUGCACCAGAAUUUUUCAGCCUGGUGUUCCCAAGUGGUUCGCCUGUACCCAGGACAGCGUCAUUUGGAAUUGGAGUGGACAGUGGGACCAAUCCCAGCAGAAGAUCACUGGGGAAAGGAAGUCAUCAGCCGCUUUGACACCCCAAUGAAAACGAAGGGACAAUUCUACACUGACAGCAAUGGCAGGGAAAUCCUGAGGAGGAGGCGUGAUUAUCGACCCACAUGGAGAUUAAAUCAGACUGAACCAGUGGCUGGAAAUUACUAUCCUGUCAACACUCGAAUUUACAUCACGGAUGGGCACAUGCAGCUGACCGUGCUGACCGACCGCUCCCAGGGGGGCAGCAGUUUGAAGGAUGGCUCAUUGGAGCUCAUGGUGCACCGGAGGCUGUUGGUGGAUGAUGAUCGAGGAGUAGUGGAGCCCCUGAUGGAGUCAGGAACCGGGCAGAGGGUGUGCGGGCGCCACCUUGUGCUUUUGAGUUCUGUUAGAGAAGCGGCUGCAAGGCACCGGCUGCUGGCAGAGAAGGAAGUCCUGGCCCCUCAGUUGGUGCUGGCUCAGGGCGGGGGCCGUCUGCAUCACCCCCAGGCGGCACCAAGAAUUCAGUUCUCCGGACUCCGCCAGGACCUCCCUCCGCAGGUGCAUCUGCUCACGCUGGCCCGCUGGGGCCCAAAGACGCUGCUGCUGCGCUUGGAGCACCAGUUCACUGUGAGAGAAGACUCAGGUCGAAACCUGAGCGCCCCUGUAACCUUGAACUUGAAGAACCUGUUCCAGGCCUUCACCAUCACACACCUGAAGGAGACCACACUGGCAGCCAACCAGCCCCUGUCCAAGGCUUCCCGGCUCAAGUGGAUAACGAAUACUGGUCCCAUCUCCUACCCUGCUGCCUCCAAGUUGGACCCUACCUCAGUCACCCUGCAGCCUAUGGAAAUACGUACCUUCCUGGCCUUGGUUCAAUGGCGGAAACUCAGCUAGGUGUGCCAGGAGGAGGCCUUCUUUUGCUGUAACCACUCACAAGAAUCAUUAAAAAGCUCUACUAAGA